AUGGCGGUGGAAGAGGAAGAAGAAGAUGAGGAUGAUCCAGGAGCUUAUAUGGUGCUAAGAUUCAUGGCCGUGGUGGAUAUAGCAGACUUUCACUCCAAAAGGAUUUGGAACACCUUCCUCGUCGCCCUCUGCGCCGCCUAUUGCGUCUCCUUCACGUUCACCAACAGCUACCGGGCAGCGUCGGGGCGGCUUUACUACGCCGUGGCGACGCUCAGGGGGAUAUGGGCGUUCAACGGGCGGCGCAAAGACCCGCCGGAACCCGGCACGUACCGCCUCACCUGGUCGGACCUCUUCCACGCGUCGCUGUCGCUGUCGCUGGUGGCGUUCCUCACGAUAGCGCUGCUUCAUGACGACGUGAUGCGAUGCUACCACAUCGACUUGCCGAGGAAGGUGACGAACACGGGGCCGCUGGUGAUCGGGUUCCUCUUCAGCGUCCUGUUCGUGGUGUUUCCUUCGACGAGGAGGGGAACCGGCUAUCGUUUCUUGUCGCAGGGCGAUGCCGUGUACUUGAGAAGCUAA